CAGCCAUAACUGUGUGUGAGAGAGACCAAGAGGUACGGUGCACGCGCACACCAUACACUUCCACACUCAUUCAUGCUCACGACAACUACCACAAUCCCUCGUCGUCGUCUUCUUCUUCUCCUCCAUAACUGAGAGACCCAAUGCGAGGAGCUACUAUUCUAUUCGUCUUCGUCGCCCUGGUCGCCGCCGCCGCCGCCGGAGGAGGAGGAGAGUUUGACGGCGACUACUCCAAGCUCUCGGGGAUCAUAAUUCCCGGCUUCGCCUCUACGCAGCUUCGUGCCUGGUCAAUUCUAGACUGCCCUUUCUCUCCUCUCGAUUUCAACCCCCUCGAUUUGGUUUGGCUCGACACCACCAAACUUCUUUCUGCAGUCAAUUGUUGGCUCAAGUGCAUGAUGCUAGACCCUUACAACCAAACAGAUCACCCUGACUGCAAGUCACGGCCUGAUAGCGGUCUUUCAGCAAUCACAGAGCUUGAUCCUGGCUAUAUAACAGGCCCUCUAUCAUCGGUAUGGAAAGAAUGGAUUAAGUGGUGCAUUGAGUUUGGUAUCGAGGCUAAUGCAAUAAUUGCUGUUCCAUAUGACUGGAGAUUGUCACCAGCAAUGCUUGAGGAGCGGGACCUUUACUUUCAUAAGUUAAAAUUGACAUUUGAAACUGCAUUAAAACUUCGUGGAGGCCCCUCUUUAGUAUUUGCUCAUUCAUUAGGUAAUAACGUAUUCCAGUACUUCUUAGAAUGGUUAAAGCUGGAAAUUGCACCAAAACAUUACAAUCAAUGGCUGGACGAACACAUUCAUGCCUAUUUCGCAGUUGGAGCUCCUCUUCUUGGUGCAACUGAGACAGUGAAAGCAGCUCUAUCUGGAUUGACAUUUGGUCUUCCUAUUUCUGAGGGGACCGCUCGCCUGUUGUUCAAUUCAUUUGGUUCUUCUCUAUGGAUGAUGCCAUUUUCAAAGUAUUGUAGGGCGGAGAAUGUAUACUCAAAGCAUUUCUCUUGGGGAGGGAGCAGAAGAAGUCAUCAGACAUACUUUUGUGAUGAGAAGGAAUCUAGGUUAAAUUUCUCAGGGUGGCCAACAAACAUAAUAAAUAUUGAAAUUCCUUCAACCCAUGGAUUUGACGCCUAUCCAUCAAUUACUGAAAUAACUGAGGCUAAUUUGACUAGCAUGGAAUGCGGACUUCCAACUCAGUUAUCCUUUUCUGCUCGGGAAAUGUCAGAUGGGACCUUUUUCAAAGCAAUAGAGGAUUAUGAUCCGGACAGUAAGAGGCUGUUGUAUCAAUUACAGAAGUUAUAUCACGGUGAUCCAGUUUUAAAUCCACUCACACCAUGGGAGAGACCACCUAUUAAAAAUGUCUUCUGUAUCUACGGAAUAGAUUUGAGGACUGAGGUUGGAUACUAUUUUGCACCUAGUGGGAAGCCUUACCCUGAUAAUUGGAUCAUCACAGAUGUGAUUUAUGAAAUUGAAGGAUUUCUGACCUCAAGGUCAGGGAAUGCCGUGGAAGGAAAUCCAGGAGCUACGAGUGGGGAUGAUACAGUACCAUACCAUUCUCUUUCCUGGUGCAAGAAUUGGCUUGGACCUAAAGUAAAUAUAACAAGGACACCUCAGUCGGAGCAUGAUGGGUCUGAUGUACAUGUGGAAUUGAAUGUAGAACAUAUUCAUGAUGUUGACAUUGUUCCCAAUACGACCAAGUUCCCUAGGGCCAAGUAUGUUACGUAUUAUGAAGAUUCUGAAAGUAUUCCAGGUAAGAGGACAGCGGUAUGGGAGCUUGAUAAAGCAAGUCAUAGGAACAUUGUCAGAUCUCCAAUUCUAAUGCGGGAGUUGUGGCUUCAGAUGUGGCACGAUGUCCAUCCAAACGCAACUGCUAAAUUUGUUACCAAAGCCAAACGUGGACCGUUGAGGGAUGAGGACUGUUACUGGGAUUAUGGAAAAGCUCGCUGUGCAUGGGCUGAGUACUGUGAAUACAGAUACAAUUUUGGGGAUGUACAUUUAGGACAAAGCUGUAGGUUGAAGAAUUGUUCAGCAAAAAUGCUCUUGGAUUACUUGUAGAUUAGAGGGUUACAGUCCACCUUCCUUGACAUCAUUCUCCAACAUCUCUUCUUGGAAUACAUUAAUCCCAGUCAAUUGGUAGUCUGACAUUUAACUUGGCUCGUAAGCUUUGUCCUACAGAAUUCAUGUCACAGCUACUGAGCAAUGCUUCCACCAUAAAAACACUGACCAUCUUUGUAAGAUACACUCGGAAGAUGGAAUGUGGAACAAUAUUUUUUUCACCUAGACAAGAGAGGUCUAGAGUGAAGUACAACAUCAUCAACUGAUCUUCAUUGGUGAUGUGAAGCAUUGAUGGUGGUAUAUGAUGACAAACGAUUAGUGUUUCAAAACUUUGUAAUCCAAAAUACAAAUAAACACUAAUUUCUUAAUGUACAUUUUACUAUAUUUUUAAUCCUAACUUCUAUUUUCCUUCUCA